AGACAAAGCUAUUGAUCAACGAGUUUAAAUCUUUGAGAAGAUCCGUAGGGCUAGGGAAACGUGGUGAAUUUUUUUUUGCUAACAUUAUUUACAACAUCUGCUAGAAAGUAAUUAUGUCGAUGUUUGCAUACUCGGACUACUUCGCUGCCGAAUGCUUGGUGUCGAUAUCCACCGGUCCUGUCCUCCAUCGACCCACCCCGGUUGCUGCGGCUGCCCAGGCCCCUCCUCAGGGCCUUCCUCCCGGGGAGCCAGAUGGGUCGAACGAGGACAGGGAGGUACGAGAGACCCUGAAACUAGAGGGAGAAAUUCUGACGGAACUACAAGGCAAGUUUCGUCCUAUGUCGGCCUACUCUGAGAGCAGUAAUUCGUCGUGUGGGGAGAGUGGCUACACCACGUUGUCUGACUCAACUACCCCUACUCCGACUAUGACUCCAUCUGCCACCCCUGUUCCAGGACAGUACAACAAUGCCCCUCAACAGAUCUGGGGAGGAGGGGCACCCCGGUCCCCCACCAAGCGUCACCCUUGUACUUUCGACGGUUGUGACAGAGUGUAUGGGAAAUCAUCUCACCUUAAAGCGCACAUCAGAACGCACACAGGUGAGAGGCCUUUUCCCUGCACCUGGCCAGAUUGUGAGAAGAAGUUCGCCCGCUCUGAUGAGUUGGCACGCCACACCCGAACUCACACUGGUGAAAAACGAUUCUUGUGCCCUCUUUGCGACAAACGCUUUAUGCGGAGCGACCACCUGAUCAAGCACGCUCGCCGGCAUCCCGACUUCCAGCCAUCCAUGAUCAGCCGCAAGGGCACGGCCCAGGGUUCAGCCCAGCGUCCCUCGGGGGUGUCGACCGAGCCUUAG